UGCAGGUCUAAUGAGUCAUGACAUUAACAGCGCCUAAAGCCCUCCUCCUACGCUCCUCCAGCCCACUUCUCUCUUUAUUAGAGGCGCUCCUCUGCUCCAGUCUUCAGAGCAGCAGGCACCCAGUCAGCGCUCUCCCGUUCUCCUGCAGCUUCAGACUGGAGUUGAUGCUUUUCUCACAUUUUCUUGGAUGUACCUUCAUCUCGCCAAGAUGAGACUUAUUUUUGUCGCUGUUGCGGUUGCAGCUUUGUUGACAGAAAAUCUAGCGCUGCCAGUGGGAAAAGAAGGACAGAGAGAAGAUGUGGUAACACGCUGUUUGGUUGAAGUCCUGUCCAAAGCUCUUUCCAGACCAGACUCCCAACUGGAUCAGGAAUGCAAAGAUCUUCUCCAAGCAGGGGUUAACCAUGCCCCGCUGGACAAGAAGAGUGGGGAGGGGAUAGUAACUCACGGAGAGGUGGCCAAAGGUUAUCCUGAGGAAAAGAUAACAGAUGUGAAAGACAUCGAGGCUCUCCUACAAUCUGUGGAGGAUAAAAGAGACCUCUCCGAAGACGAACGCAGCCAAGAAUCCUGGAGUCUGGGUGAUGAGAAGGAGAAGAGACACGAGAACGAAGAGGAAGGAGAGCGGGAGAAGAGGAGCAGCUGGAAGCCUGGAAGGUACCACCAAAGGAAACACAAACGAGGAGAAGAGGAAAAAGAUGAAGACAAUGAGCGCAGUCAGGAGAGCUGGGGGAUCGACGAAAAGAGAUCUGAAGACGAAGGAGAUGUAGAGCAAGAGAAGAGGAACUGGAGGCCUGGUAGAUACCACCAAAGAAAACACAAACGCAAUGAGGAAUCUUUUGGAGGAGAGAUGGAAGAGCCAGAGGAAGAACGUAGCCAAGAAUACUGGGAUGUGGACAAAAGGCAAGGGAACGAGGACGAGGAGGAGAGAGACAAACGCAUAUGGAAGCCCACACAUCGCUACCACCACAAGAAAAAGCUCCACAAACGUGGUGAUGAACCAUUGGAGGAGGAAGAAGAUGGUGAACGCAGCCAGGAGUCCUGGGGUCUUGACAAGAGGGACUGGAGGGCCGGCAGAUUUCACCAGAGGAGACACAAACGUGACGAAGAGCUCGCCGAAGAAGCCGGGGAAGAGCCAGAAGAAGAACGCAGCCAGGAAUCUUGGGGUCUCGACAAGAGGGACUGGAGGGCUGGCAGAUUCCACCAGAGGAGACACAAGCGUGACGAAGAGCUCUCCGAGGAAGAGCCAGAAGAACAACGCAGCCAGGAAUCUUGGGGUCUCGACAAGAGGGACCGGAGGGCUGGCAGAUUCCACCAGAGGAGACACAAGCGUGACGAAGAGCUCUCAGAGGAAGAGCCAGAAGAAGAACGCAGCCAGGAAUCUUGGGGUCUUGACAAGAGGGACUGGAGGGCUGGCAGAUUCCACCAGAGGAGACACAAGCGUGACGAAGAGCUCUCCGAGGAAGCCGGGGAAGAGCCGGAUGAAGAACGCAGCCAGGAGUCCUGGGACUUUGAUACUGGAAGAGAAAAGCGGGAAUGGAGGGCCGGCAGGUACCACCAGAGGAGACACAAGCGUGAUGAAGAGCUCUCUGAGGAGGUGAGAGAAGAGCCUGAGGAGGAACGCAGCCAGGAGUCCUGGGGCCUUGACAAAAGACAUGGAAAAGAAGAGCAAGAAAUAGAAAAGCGUAUAUGGAAACCGACACAUCGAUACCACCAUAAAAAGAAGUUUCACAAGCGUGGUGGAUCAGAAGAAGAGGAAGAACAGAGGGGUGAUUCAGAAGAAUAUGAGGAGACUUCAAAGGACGGGGACCAUGUAAUGAGGUAUCUAGCAGAAAAGCGCAAUCCAUGGAUUUUCAGAGGUUUCUACCAUCCUGCGUGGUAUAAAAGGGAUUCAAAUGAGAAUGCUGCUAAUAACAAGAUGGAUAAACUGGCCAAGGUGCUGAGCUAUAAGAUAAACCAGCUGGCCAGCCGUUCUAAUCAAGAGGAGCCAAAGAGGAGCAUGCACCAGAGAGCACUUACCCCGCCGGAGGAGAAAGAGCUGGAAAACCUUGCAGCGAUGGACACGGAGCUGCAGAAAAUCGCUGCCAAGCUGCAUGACAACAGUGCAUAACCAGAAUGGACAGCAUUUAAAGGCACUACCUGCUGCUGUCUUACUGUAUGUCAGCGUUUUAGUGUGCUUAGUGUUAAAAAAAGACAAAAAUAA